AUGACUGACAUACCAUCUGACGCAACAGGUGUGAGUUCUCGAGGCCCGCAGUACGAGCCUUUGCUUCUGGACAAUGAGCGUGAUGCUGUAGCGGACCUGCUGCAGUACCUGGAGAACCGCUCGGAGACUAACUUUUUCGCUGGUGAGCCACUCCGUGCACUGUCUACGCUGUCGUUCAGUGACAAUGUCGACUUGCAACGCAGUGCCGCGCUGGCCUUUGCUGAGAUUACAGAGAAGGAAGUGCGGGAAGUCGGCCGUGAGACGCUUGAGCCGAUCCUAUUCCUCCUGCAGUCGCAUGAUGUGGAAGUGCAGCGAGCCUCUAGUGCUGCGCUUGGCAACCUCGCUGUGAACCAGGAGAACAAGUUGUUGAUCGUCAAGCUUGGUGGCUUGGAGCCGCUGAUCCGUCAGAUGCUCAGUCCCAAUGUUGAGGUACAAUGCAACGCCGUGGGAUGCAUUACCAACCUUGCUACGCACGAUGAAAACAAGACGAAGAUUGCCAAGUCUGGCGCCUUGGUGCCACUGACGCGAUUGGCGCGGUCGAAGGACAUCCGUGUGCAGCGUAAUGCUGCAGGCGCCCUGUUGAAUAUGACACACAGCGAUGAGAACCGCCAGCAGUUGGUAAAUGCCGGAGCAAUUUCAGUGCUGGUCACCCUGCUCGGUAGCACCGACACGGAUGUGCAGUACUACUGCACAACGGCCCUGAGCAACAUUGCUGUGGAUUCUGUGAACCGCAAGAAGUUGGCACAGACGGAGCCGCGCUUGGUACAGAGCCUGAUUGGCCUCAUGGAGAGCGGUAGUUUGAAGGUGCAGUGCCAAGCUGCGCUUGCGUUGCGCAACCUGGCGAGCGACGAGAAGUACCAAAUUGAGAUUGUGCGCUCGAACGGUCUGCCGCCGCUGCUGCGUCUGCUUCGUUCGUCCUUCCUGCCGCUGAUCCUCUCUGCGGCAGCGUGUGUGCGAAACGUGUCGAUCCACCCGAUGAACGAAAGUCCGAUCAUCGAGGCGGGCUUCUUGCACCCGCUGAUUGAAUUGCUGAGCCAUGAGGAGAACGAGGAGCUGCAAUGCCAUGCGAUUAGCACGCUGCGCAACUUGGCCGCGAGCAGUGAGCGUAACAAGGCAGCGAUUAUCGAUGCAGGUGCGGUGGAGCGAAUCAAGGAGUUGGUCCUUCAUGUGCCGCUCAGCGUGCAAAGUGAGAUGACAGCCUGCACGGCAGUGCUUGCGCUGUCGGAAGACUUGAAACCGCAGCUGCUUGACAUGGGUAUUUGCGAGGUGCUGCUGCCGCUCACAGACUCGCCCUCGGUGGAAGUCCAGGGCAACUCGGCAGCGGCGCUGGGCAACCUGAGCAGCAAAGCCGAAGACUACACGCCAUUCAACGCCGUGUGGGAGAAGCCAGCAGGCGGUCUGCAUGGCUACCUGGUGCGCUUCCUCGAGUCUGACGAUACCACGUUCCAGCACAUUGCUGUAUGGACGUUGAUUCAGUUGCUGGAAAGCGGCAACAAUGAGUUGGAACAGCAUAUCCGCGAUAGCUCCCGUCUCCUGAGCCUCGUGCACCAAUUGCAGGCGCGCGUGGACAGUGAAGAUGAGGGCGCUGGUGAUGCUGAUAUGGGCAGCAGUCAGGAGAUUGCACCGGAGAAGGAGAUCGCCGCCCUGUCGCGUCGCAUCGAGGAGAUCCUCUUUGACGAUGCGGAUGGCUCGCGCGAUGCGGAAUAA